GUAGAGUGAUAUGUUAUUUUAUUGCAAUAUGUAUAACUGUAUAUAUGUAGUAAUAGUAAAAUAGAUGAAAUAAGUAUAACGUAAUCAAACAUAGUCUUAUUUUAUGCCGGAUGAAUUUGAUUAUGUAACUUUAUGGACUUCCUCUCAGUGACGCUGGCAGUGUUCAGGUUCGCGCGGUGGUUCGGCAUCCCCACGUACGGGGCGGCGGGCGCGGCGCUCUGGAGCGUGUUCCAGCUGUCCACCCUGGUCGCCAUAGAGCUCGGAGCCCUGUACAAAGUCGGCCGCCUGAUAUCCGGUAUAGCCAUAUGCACAGCUGGCGGCCGUAGCAUUGUUGGUCGUUUGUCCGGAACUAUAUUCUAUGGGAAUGCUUUAGUAUCUUUCAUACUGAGUUGGAAACUGGUUGCCAAUUGGAAGCCAAUUGCAAACUAUUGGGCGAUGACUGAACAUUCCACCGCGUUGUACAUUCCACCUGAUUUGAACUUGAAGAAGCACCUUACUAUCAUUUUAUGGAUUGUCGUUGUUUCUUCAAUAGUAGAACAUUCGCUGAGUAUGAUGUCCGCUACUGGAUUUAGUAUACCGGCAUCAGAAUACUUUGAAAAGUAUAUUCUGACUUCGCACGGGUUCCUCCUGAGACCUGAUGAGUACUCUUUAUGGCUGGCGGUGCCCAUCUUCGUCUGCAGCAAGACGGCGACUUGUCUGUGGAACUUCCAGGAUACUGUCAUCAUCCUGAUGAGCGCCGGGCUCGCGUCCAGGUACCGACGACUGAACCAGGUCGUCGAGACGCAGGUCAAGCGUGACGUUGAAGCUAUGGGGUUUGGAAAGCCUGAAGCCUCAUCAAACAUGCGAGUGGUGGCGUGGCGGCGGAUCCGAGAGGCGUUCGUGCGCCAAGCGGCGCUCGUGCGCAGGAUCGACCGCGCGCUCGGCGGACUCAUCCUGCUCAGCAAUCUCAACAACUUCUACUUCAUUUGCUUACAAUUCUACCUGGGCAUUGGCGGAGAACGCCCCAUGUGGUACGACAAACUCUACUACCUAUUCUCCGUGUCGUGGCUGUGCGCGCGCGCGUGCGGCGUGGUGCUGGCGGGCGCGCGCGUGCAGCUGCACUCCGGCGCCGCGCGGGCCCACCUGCACGCCUACCCCGCCGCGUUGUACAAUGUGGAGGUAUGGAGGUGCUGGAGGUAUCCUUUGAGAUGUGUAAGACUAUGGUAUAGCUUGUUUUUAACAUUGGGUCUCGGGCUAGCCGCUGGCAUGUGCAUGUUCAGAAUGCACGCUCACCAUAAGACUUAUGACGUAAUAGGAUACGUGUUCUUCUACAGCUCAGUAUUCGUGAACUCCAUCAUGUUCUGUCGGAUAUCGGUGAAGUGGCCUGCCCUGGCGGCGGCGGUGGAGGCGACGGAGGAGGCCGACCCUCUGAAGGAUACCACCGUGACAUCUCGGUGCAAUAGAGCUGUCGUGGUUAUUGCUACAUUGGCUUUGACGGAGCACUUGCUGAUGUGGAUCUCGAAGGUGGCUCAGCUGUCGGACUGCUACCCGGAGCCGCGCCGCAGCUACCGCACCUACAUCCAGUUCAACAACCCCUUCGUGUACAACAUUCGAUUCAACUACCUUUUCAUCCAGUUCAACCACUCCUUCGUGUUAAAUAGUCGAUUUGUAGAACAGUCGGUUGAUUAUUUCCAUAAUGUUCCAGCGGAGCACUUGCUGAUGUGGAUCUCGAAGGUGGCGCGGCUGUCGGACUGCUACCCGGAGCCGCGCCGCAGCUAUCAGACGUUCAUCCAUUCCAACUACCCCUUCGUGUUCGAGCUCGGCCUCCCGUUCUCCCUGCCGCUCGCCUUCGCUCUACAAUACGUGACUUUUAUCACCACGAUGAACUGGAACUACUCGGAUGUGUUCAUCAUCUGCAUCAGCUACUACCUGCGCGCGCGGUUCCAGCAACUCAACAACAAAAUAAACGAUGCGAAGGGCAAAUACGUGGGCGCGUGGUUCUGGCGGCGCGCGCGCUCGGAGUACACCCGCCUGGUGGAGCUGGUGCACCGCGUGGAUGACGUCAUCAGCCCCGUCGUCUUCGUCUCCUUCGCCAGCAACCUGUUCUUCAUUUGUUUUCAACUCUAUUACAGUAUCGCAAUAUUCUUCGGGUACGAGCGUGAGACCUAUCUAGUGUUCUCUGUCACUCUGCUGCUGCUGCGCUCUGUCGCCGUCUCGCUUAUCGCGGCGGGCGUGCACACAGCCACCCUCGAGCCAGCUGCCGCGCUGUACAGCGUGCCUUCUCCUGUCUUCUGUAUUGAGGUUCAACGCUUUAUUGAUCAGGUACACGGAUCAAUAGUGGCAUUGACGGGGCUUCGUCUCUUCAAUGUUACCAGAGGAUUGUUUCUAUCUGUGGCUGGCACGGUGGUGACGUAUGAGCUGGUGUUGUUCCAGUUCAGCGCAGCCGCUGACCGCCACCACGGCGACCCCGGGGACGAUAACUCCACCUUCUUUGUACCGCACAUGGAUUAAAUUAUUAAGUUAAUGGGCUUUUGUUUAUCAGGCAACUGACCUUUGUUUGCGUAGUGAUCUAGAAGUACAGCAUUGUGUGUAAGAAUACUUAAACGUAAAUUAUUCAAACUAACAGUCUACCGCUUAAUAGGUUCUAAGAAUA